AUGAAUAAAUCUCAACUGAUCGAUCUACAGAUAAAAUUUUGGGAGAAAGUGGUCGAUCAUGAAUUUAAGUUGGGACACGUGAUUUCAUUCAGAGAUUGGUAUGGCGAAACAACGUUCUUCAUUAAGCUUACCCCAUAUCUGUGGCUGAUACCACUUAUAGUCACCGUUACACUCCUUGUUGUCUUCAAGCGAGCUAAGCUAUACGGAUACACACAAAAGUACUUAGUCGCUAUAAUGAUGAUAGACGUUCUUUUCACUCUUUUAACUGGAAUUCGGGAUGGUAUCCUUACAUGGCUGGACAUGGAUUAUGGGUAUAUAGAAUACAAAAUCUGCCGGUUCUUGAUGUCUGUUCUUGCACCAACUAUAGGAAAAAGAAAUAAAGUAAAAUACCUCAUUUUAAUAAAGUUGAAUAUGAUUCUUUGUAUUUCGUUUAUCCUACAAGAAGUCCCAUUGUUUACAUAUGCCACUAUUAUAUUAAGAUCUAAUGAUUUGCCAUUUGACGUGGCAUCCCCGCCACAGUUCAAUUUCUUAGCGGCACAGCUACGCAGUUCCGUUAAGGCUGCAUAA